UUGCUGCCGUAAACAAACAAAGAAAUUUCACAACUAAUCAAGCAAGCUGUUUCCGAAAUACACGAAGAAGGUGACGAAGUUCGGAUUGGAAGUUUUAACAGGUAAAGCUUUAUCUUUUUGACACGAAUUUAUCGAUAAAACCGGUGAAAAAGUUUUUUGUUUACAAAUGCAAAUUAAGUUUUAAGUCUUGCGUUACUUUAUUUAGUUGAGUUGUUCAUAAAUAAGCUUAAAACUAAAUUUAAUAAUCUUUUUUUAUAGAAUGAUUUUAAAUACAAAAAGAAUUCAAAACUCCUUUUGAAGAAAUUUCCCAGCAAAAGCCAAACAAAUGCCUUCAAAAGUUUUAUUUGUCGGCAAGAAAAAGCGACGGCCGCAGCCGCCCGGUCAUUACGCGCCAAAAUUGUAAUCGUUGGCAACAGUAUUUGAGUUAAAAAUCAUCAUUUUUGUGCUCAAUUAUCUCACUGUUUUAGUAUAUACUAAAACAAUUAUUCACCUCAGUGUCGGUGGCUAGUCGUGGAUAUUUACCUCACUGCUUCGCAGUUCGGUAAAUAUCCAGGACUACCCACCUCCACUUCGGUGAAUAAUUGUUAUAUAUUUCUGGGCUGUCCAAUUAAAUUAACCUAAGGCUUAUAAAAUAAAGGUGGCGUGGGUGGGCAACUGGGUUAUUUUUUUGUUGGGGGCAGAUUUUGUUUUGCACGCCUAAUCUACUGUGAUGAAAGAUGCAUGAUUGCAGCUAUUUUUUGGGUGUACAUAUAACUCGAUGCAAGAUUUGUUUCAUUCUUGGACUGUUUGCAUGUUAAUUUUUUUCUCUGAAAUCGCUUAGCCUUUCCCUCAAAAUUUAUAUGAAUCUGGCCUUAAGUUAACUGAUUUUUGGACUAGAAGUUAGGUUUAAAUUUAUUAACGGGAGCUUCGCUUGUAGCCGUGGCAAAAUCUAUAUAUUGACAUUUGCAUUCGAAUAACAGACCACUUAUUUAUCUAGGGUGAGUGUUAACUAAAUUGUUAAAAAGCCAAGGCUGAAAGAAAGUGUCGGAAGAAAAGGGUCAGCUCUGACGUCAAAAACCAGGAAAGGCUGGUUUUCACUAGCGACGGAGUUGGAGUCGGAGUCGUAAGUGGACUUGUAAGCGCUUAUGACCUAGUGAAAAUCAAAAAUCGAAGUCGUAAGCGGAGUCAUAAGCGCGACGGAAUAGGAGUCAGAAGAAUCAGAACGUUUCCAUUUUCUUCCGACUGCGCAUACGACUCUGUCGCUUACGUUCCGCUUAUGAUCUUGUGAAACCAGAUUGUCGGAGUCGGAAGCAGAAAGGGAAGUAAAACUAAUCACAAUCCCACGCUUUUUGAUUGGUUUAGUUCUUCCGCUUUCGCUUGCGAAUCCGGCGACCCAGUUUUCACUUGAUCGUAAACGACGGAGUCGUAAAAGGAAUCAGAAAUCAGAACACUGUUUUCACUAGAUCGUAAAGUUCCACGCUUCUGACUACGACUCGAUCCAACUCCGUCGCUAGUGAAAACCAGCCUUAAAGCCGUCUACGAAUUAUGAUUACACGUGCUAUCUAAAAGAUAAGAAGUAUUAACCUGCCUUCGGGACAAAUGUUCAUGUUAAGACAAGGCGCAUUUAACUGGUUUCCCCAAUUUUGUCUCCUCCCGGCUUAAAGAAAGCUUUGCAAUCAGCAUGAAGAAAAAAAAUAACCUAAAGAUUUGAACUUCAAUUUUGGCUCACAGCUUGAAAAACUGCUGCAAAAAGCGAGGUACGUGUCCAUCGGUGGUCCAGAGGGAGAGAAAGAUGAAAAUAGCAAAUGGCUCCACAUGCAGGAAAAUCUGUUAUCCAAGUGCGCUUUGUUUGUGUUCAACAAGUGGGACCAGCUGAAUGAGAACGGCGUUCAAAGUGUCAAGGAUGAAAUUGUGAGGAAGCUUGAAAAAGCCUGGCCCGGCGUUGAUUCCAAAUCCCAAAUCAUUUACAUGUCAACCACAAAUGCCCGUGCUGCUCAAGAGCUUGGUGUUAUCACCGAAUGCUUCUCCUCUUUAAUGGAUAGGAUGAGGUCAAUGGUCCUAAAGAGCAUUGAAGCUAAGCACGAACUUCAUUGGGGGUAAGCGUUAUUACAACGUUUUUCUGCUCACUGCAAGUUUCUGAAUUGACCUGAUGUCCAGAAGGUAAAACUGUAACUACUUAUUAUAUCACACACAGAAUACAAUGUUUGGUCAACACAGAUUACUGACUUGCAGGGCGACACUCAAGGGACAUAAAUCGAUAAACUAAACCGCUAAGGAUGUUAUGGGCUUGUAAGCGAUGACAAACUCGUAGCUUGCUUAGCUUUCCUCUAGAAGACUAACAGAUAAGGGCGUGUUCUUUGUGGUAGUAGAGACCUUUAGCAUCAGGUAAACUGCAAACCGCAAACGGCAAACCGCAGUUACGCGUUUGCAGUUUCGCGUUUCCGAGAUUUCAAACUUUAGCAAGGCGUUCAGUUCAGUUCAGUUCAGUUCAUUUUUAUUCAGCCAAAAUAUAAUACAAUACAAGAAUACAUAUAGGAAUUGUAAUGUUGCAAGGGAGCCCAGAAGAAACCACAAGGCUUUAUGAAGCCUGGGAUCACCGGUCUCAAAGAAAUAAGCAAAAUAAAAUGAAAUUCGCGGAGUGAUACGUUAAAAAUAGGAACUAAAGAGAGACUGAGUUAAGUUAUGAAUUCAGUAACAAGAUAGAAAAAAAAAUUUAACUCUGGAUUGGAACAGAAUACUUUCCUUUCUUAGUAGGGCAGAAAGGAACUUGAUAAAAUUGAUUUGAACCACGCGUUCGUUGUCUAGGGCCGCCAUGUUGUUUUCAUCAAGUCGAAGUGCAUCACUUUAAUCGCCCAAAAACAUAGGCGUACGGGCCGGGGGUGGCGAGGGGGGCUGCAGCCCCCCAAGUUUUGGGCAGCUCAGAUUUUUUGGGCAGCAAGAGAAAGUUUGGGCAAAGCCAGGUUUUAAAGACGUUUUCAUGUUUUUUUAUUGUUAUUUUGAAGAGAUAAAUAGUUUAUAUUUUAUUCUGAGAAAAAUCCUGACGUCGGCGUAAUAAUCCAGUUACAUUCUCUCGAGACAUAGGUUGCGUAGCACGUGAUGAGUUUCUGGUUAUUAGGAAAGGGUAUCACACGUUGAUUUACAUAUUUAUAGUUUUUUACUGUGUUUAGUUAAGGUAAAAAAAAAAACCACUGCAAAAACCGUGUACGAUCAAUCUUGCUGAAUGUCGGAUCCGAAAAGAUCGUGAUCAGUCAAAAUAGGUCAAAACGUUACAGUCAAGAAGACUUUUGCGGGGACUGAUCAAACAACGUGAAAUAGAGAUAAGUUGCGAUAUUUCGACUGGCCAAUACCAGUCUUCAUCAGGUUUAUGUCAGGUUUUUUACGGUUGAGUACUGUACUGCACUGCACUAACUGGAAUGGGCUCUUUCCAGUCGUGAAUUGAUUAGAAUAAACUUCCGCAUAUCUUUCUAGAACCAUCUCCCGCUUGUAGAAUAGUGUAUGGCAGAUAGCAUCAGCAAUUGAUCUGAAAAUGAAGAAGUGGCUGACUAGUUCUCUGUUCGAUAACGGCCAAACAUCAACAUUUCGCUUUUUACCAUAUUUGUAAUGAUGAAAACUUCAUCCCAAAAUAUCCCAAUAACACUCUCACAGUUUCCGUUUUAACUUCACGAACAUCGAGACGACUAUUUGAGGAAAAAGCUUCCUUGAACGAUUUUGUAAGAACAGUUCCCUGUGCCGAGAAAUAUUACUGCAAGUAAUAUAGGCAAUGGCGUCAUUUCGUUGCUAUGACAACUCCGAUGUCAUUGCAUUUCUGAUCAUGACAAAUUUUCAUCUUUAUCUAAUAAAACUGUGGUGGCAAUUUUUCUAAAUGUUUGUCUAUGGCGACGUAGUUAUGCUCAGAAUUGGGAGGUAUUGACCCUGAAAAACUGUUACAGUAUCGAGCCACCUUCAUAUACCAGUGCGGCCUCUGUUGUUGCAUCGUGUGGCCCUCGUUUCUUUUCGACUGUACGUUUCGGCAAAAUUCGGGCAACUUGCAAGAAUUUUUUGGGCAAAAGGUUUACCGUCCCCCCUGGCAAAAAAUUUCCCGUACGCUUAUGCCCAAAAAAUCAGCAAUAAUUCAUUGAUUCGAGAUCAAAAUCCAACAAACACAUCGCAAACGGAUAUAAAAAGCUAGUUCAUACCUUUAAACGCGAGGUCGUAUAAUUUUUUGCGGCAAAAAACCUUGCCGUAAAUCACUUACCGCUGGAAGCCCUUCCUGCGGUUCAAACGUGAACUGCAAACUGCAGACGUGACCCCAAGGUCGUGGUCACGUGACAUUUUGCGGUUUGCGGUUUGCAGUUUCCCAUGAAAAACGUGAUGCUAAAGGUCUCUAAUUAUCAAUCAUCACCUACCGCGGUCUGCACAGAAGGCGUUAUUGGAGGCGUUCAGGCGGGUUUUGGGGCAGGCGUGUGAAGCGCUACACACGCGAGAUGAGAGAAAAGAGAAAAGAUUCCCUCUUCUCGCGGGUCUGUCGCUUCGCUCUCGCGCCCCAAACCUGAGCGCCCCCAAUAACCUCUGUUGUGUAGGCUACACCUAGGGUGAAGCAGCGUAGCGGAGCACCAUGGGUAGAAAAUCUUGUUACCUGUCGAUGCUAGAAAAUUUUGGUUAUGACGUCUUCUGACGGCUUACUUAAGUGUAUUCGACCGUCAAUCCCCAGACGUAAGCCGAUGUGAAAGACAACACAUUCGCAUGGCGCGUUUUUGGCGGGAAAUGACAGGUCCAAAGGCCUAAUAGCAAAUUGAAGAUAACAAAAAGCAAGAGAGUUUUUUUCAGUACGGGAAAAAAUUUUCACAGCUCUCAUAUCGUAUCACCUCGCGGCAGGAUUAGCACACUUGGUAGAGAGUCUCGAUGCAGUGACAUUGCACCGAGAGAGAUCGUGGAAAAAAAAAUUAUGAAAUGAAGGUACAGCGUUUGCCCGUCAGACGUCUAGAACUUUGCGUGACUCGUAUGACCACGUAGCCUGGCGGUUCCCGUCUCCAGUAGGAGACGUAAUUUCGCGCUAAAUAAGUCAGCGCUUAAGAGGCUGUCCGCGUAAGAACCGAUAAGGCAAAUUUCGGUCUAUCACGGAUUGCCCUGAUUUUUUCAGUGGAAGAUGACUAUCCUAUCCCAUGAAGAAAUAUCACAUUUAUUUGGACCAACUCAAUUUUUUCUCUAUUUUACAGGAAGAUUUUCUCGGUCACCUAAAACUAGUCAGUUUGCCGUCGGAAGUAGUGCGAUUUUGGUGAAACUUUAGGGCUCUGUCAAACCUACCUUACAUAGCCGAAUAAUCUGAUUAUUUUACACACAAAAGUUUUAACUCUCAUUAAUAGUUUCAAUGUUUAAUGGUUGCAUUCUGUGGAAAGUUGGCUGAGAUAGGAUUUUUUGUAAAUGACCUUUAAUUUGUUCAGCAGGAAAAGUAAUUUGCAUAACUAGAGCUGAACGGUAAUUUCGCAAAAGUGGCACCUGACCCAGACUCAAGUCUAUGAUAAAUCAGAAGUACUAAGACCAGUCUACUUCUUAACGCAAUAAAAUUUGUGGGCACUCUUCUCUGCGUGCCGUGCAAAGUUCCGUUAAUGAUCCAAAAUUCGCCAUUUUGACGGCAAAGCUGGAAUUGUAACGGUCCGCAUCUGAUCGACUAAUUUCCACAGCUUUAACGUUUCCAGUUAUCACUAAAUAUCACUACAUAUCAUUAGACCCUUUAAAUGUUGGACGUUUGAAAACAUGUGGAGAAAACGUAGUAAUCGCUUUUCCUUGGGUCUUUUUCUUGUCGACGAUGAACGUGACUUCGUUCUCGGUAUGCAAAUUAGCCUUACAUGCGUUGUUUCAACAAAUUGACAGGAAAUAUAAUCGUUACAUUCACAUUUCUAAGGGGAAAAAUAAUCCUCCUUUCCACAGAAAAACACAAACCAUGACUUAGAAUCCCCUUAAGGUCUGUUUUUUUUUUUUUUUAACGAGGAAGAAGCAGCUGAAUAAUAUAUCAUGAUAGAUGUUUGCGGCUUAAAAUAAUUCAAUUACUGUGGCCUGUCACGCAUUCCUGAAGACGGGUGGUCGAUUAGAAAACAAUAGCGUUGUGCCGAUCAAUUCGAUAAUAUUAUCAUCUUUUUUUUAAAUGAUAGUUAUUGAUAAUAAUAGAAAAUAAGAGUUCACUUGCAAGGUAAUUCCUCCUGUCAGUACACGAAAAUGCUUGGGCACUCUUUUUUGCGUGCCUUUAUAAAAAAUAGCGUUAACGUCGAAAGCUUUAUUAUGAUAUUUGUUUAUCGGGAGAAGGCAGAUCUUUGUACAUGGCACUAUGAUAGAAAAAAAAAAAAGGCCCCACACUUUUUCUAUCUUAAAUUAGGGGUAAAUUUCAGUUUCAUUCAAAGAUCUUUAAAGCGUUUAUCGGUAGCUUAUCGGUAGCAGAAUGAAAAGGAAAAAUAGUUCCUUUUUUCAGUGAAUAAACGCAAAAGGGAGUAUCUUUUCAGUUUUUGUUAGGGUAUAACAUCCGAAUUCCAACGAUGAUCUUGUUUUGGUUCAAUCUGAUUGAAUUAUAAUGCAAGAGGUGCCAGUUUCAAAUUAAAUAUAAUUAUGUCACCGAAAUCGCCGAAGAGAUCAAUUGUGAAAAAUGGCUGUUUCGGCUAUUUCAUCAAGCAGUUCUUCCGCGAGAUCGCAGACAGAGUGAGGUCCCGGAAGGGGUGUGGAGGAAAAUGUGUUGGUCACAGAGUGCAUGGAUGAUAUUACCUUGCACUUAGCCAGCUGUCACUUGUCUAAGUGUAGCAAGUGUAGCAAAGACAAUGAAAAUGAACUCAUUUUAGCGGGAGUACGUAUUCGAGGCUUGGUGGGUAUUGGGAACUGAAAUGACAAUCUGCCCAAGGCACAGACACUAAAUAGCCUGUGUACAGACCCCCUCCUCUCAGGAAAAAUCAUAGAAGGGGCCGCUUCUCCCAAGGGGGGGGAGGGUAGUGUGUACACAGGCUAACACUAAAAUGCCAAUCUGCUUUAGGCACAGGUUUUUGCGAGCGCCAAGGUCUUGUUAGGCUCGAUUGUAAGCCGCUGUUCUGGAAAACGAGCCCCCAACGGACGGGGAGAGGGCGGAAAUCGAGCCUAAGGUCUUGUCAAUACCCCGGUCACACUCUGGAUCAUACUGGCAAAAUAACUUCUGUGGCAGGAAGACACGUCGUAAAUUUCCAGAUAGCCAGCGAAAUAAGUCAAAGUUUUGUUCCAUCAUUCUUUUUUCUUCUUCAUGCAAACAAUUGUCUUAACGUACAGAGAUAUUUUAAUUUCUCUAUUUAACAUUUUAUCUUGCGAAGUUUUCUGAAGUUCGUUUCCAGUUUAUUUGAGCUUUUUGUUAUUUCUAUCUUUUUGACAGCCGUGUAUCUUGCCCUAAUCAAUUCUUACCUUUAAAAUACUAUACAUACCGGUUAAUCCGCGUGUUGCGAAAGAUUGUUUUCUGAUGAUUGUUUGAAGAGCAUUAUAAAUGGGGAAAAAAGAACUUUCUACACGGAGUCAGGAUUCAACCUCGUCCCCAGGGCUUUCCCGCCCCUGUCAUUUUCUAAGAAGAAUGUCCUGGGGACGAGGCUAGGAGUGAUUGUGGUCGAGGUGUCGUUCACGUGUAUGAAAAGUAUUUCAUUCUUGCAAUAAAAAUAACUUUUUUGAACUUAGACAGUGUUUAAAACAUGUCUCCGGGUUUUGUAAAAAUUAGUGAUACUUAAAAGUACCUUAGUGUUCAGUUCAACUUUAGAUAGCCGAUUUGCUCCUCCUGUCGCAAGAAACUUGAAAAAACUUGACGCCGAAGGGUCGAGAAGAGCACGAUUGAACAGUCUGCAACCAUGUCCACACAUUUGUCGGAGAGGUUUAUUGGACAAGAUUUGUCUGUUUUUCUUGUUUGAUAACGUUUUCAUUAAGUCUUCAAAAAUGCCUCCAGAUUGCUGUUUUUUUUUUUUUUUUGUAUUUAUACCCUCUUGAACAAUGUGCUUCAUCUCACCUCUCCAUUUUUAACCUACUUUACCAUCCACCCUCUCUCCCCACUGUUCCACCUCUACUUUAAUAAGCAUUUGUAUUUAAGAGGGUGAAAUUUCUCCCGUGUAUAUUAAUUUCUGAAAAAAUAAGUCCUUCUACUUUUUCCUUAAAUUCUUAAACUUAAUUCUUUUUUCUUUAAGAACCGCCAAAGAUGCUGCUAAGGCUGCAAUAAGCGCACUCGCCCUUUUAUAUACUUCAUCUAGUGAAAUGCCCACCCUUUCAUAUACCUGAAGCCUGAAAAAGAUACUCCUUUCGGGCGGAAUCUCCCCGUAUAGGCCAUCAUAGGGAGUUUCCCCCAAUCCCCUUCCAAUUCCGUGCUCACCUAUUGCCAGCCCAUGUUGGACUCUAGGCCCGUUUGAGUCAACACGUAAACAUAAUCCUAAGUGUAUACAAGUUGAACUUGACCAUAGAGAUCUGUUGCAAGAAGACGAGCAGUUCGAAAGGCAAAAGCUUGUUGCAGAAAUCGCUGAAGAAUUGAGACCACAACACCCUCAACCAGAAGCUUUCAACCUAUGUGUAUGUCAAAGGAAGAACAACCUAGUCAGUUCAACGUGGUAAUGCUAAAAAAAUCUUGUGUCACUUUAAAAUACCAUUCAAAUCCAGGGAAAGAAAAGGAGACCUAGUUGACAAACUUUCGUCUUUCAUACAAGAUUGCACGUGCUUUUCUCCAACAGCUCAGGAGUGAACAUAUGGAUCCUUCAGGAUCCUUAAUUUAGUGUGAUUAACAGCCGGCAAAACUUUUGGGAUUUAACAGGAGAAGGACCGUAAACAAUAACUAUGCCUUUUUCUGCAUGCCAUUCCUCAUUUUUACUGAAAUAUUGUUAAUUGGCGAUAAACACAAUGCUCUGUUAAUACCACCCUAACGUUUGUAUAGCCUAUGGUUAGCAAGGGAUCUAGGAAAUGAAAGUACUUUGCAGGUGUGGUCCUAUGGUGUCGCACGGUAUCUCUGAAGUUGUUUGCGGGCUAUUUCCAAAAUAUUAAUUUUUGAUUCUGUAAUUGAAAAUAUUGUGCUAGUGCUCGUGAAUAAGAGUGGCCGUGUCCAAGUGACUACUUUGUAGCUAAUUGUAGUGUAUUACACCAUGGGCUGUCAUAUUAAACCCUAUCCUCACGGUAACUCCCGGGGAUACUGACUCAGUUAAAACGGUCGUAGAAUGAAUAAAUACAACAGCACGGUAUUUCCCACCCAGUAAAGAAUCGGAAUUAACAGUGAUUAAAUUGUAUGAUUAUCAAUAACUAUCACUUCAAAAAAAAUAUAAUCAGAUAAAAGAACUGAUCGAUACACAGCCACUCUCGGGGAAUGCGUGACGGGCCACAGUAAUUAAAUUAUUUUAAUUCGCGUAAACAUAUCUUCUUCUACUACUUCUUCCUCGUGAAACAGACCUAAGGGGAUUCUAAGUCAUAUAUCGUUCGUGUUUUUCCGUGGAAAGUUCUAAGAGAUAUUUUCCCUUAAAAAUGUGAAAUAUAAGCAGUUAUGUUUCCUGUCAAUUCAAUUUGUUGAAACGACGCAUCUAAGGCUAAUUUGCAUACGGAGAAUGAAGUCGCGUUCUGAUCGUCGACCAGGAAAAAACCAAGAAAAAGCGAUUACCAAGUUUUCUCCUCAUGUUUUCAAAAGUCCAACAUUUAAAGGGUUCAAUGACAUUUGGUGAUAACUAGAAACGUUAAAACUGUGGAAAUUAGUGGAUCAAAUGCGGACCGUUACAAUUCCAGCUUUGCUGUCAAAAUGGCGAAUUUGUAACAUUAACGGAACUUUGUACAGCGCGCAGAGAAGAGUGCCCACAAAUUUUAUUACAUUAAGAAGUAGACUGGUCUUAGUACUUCUGAUUCAUCACAGACUUGAGUCUGGGUCAGGUGCCACUUUCGCGAAAUUACCGUUCAGCUCUAGUUAUGCAAAUUACUUUUACUGCUGAGCAAAUUAACGGUCAUUUAAAAAAAAUCAUAUCUCAGCCAACUUUCCACAGAAUGCAUCCAUUAAACUUUGACACUGUUAAUGAGAGUUAAAACUUUUGUGUGUAAAAUAAUCAGCUUAUUCGGCUUUGUAAGGUAGGUUUGACAGAGCCCUAAAGUUUCACCAAAAUCGCACCACUUCUGAAGGUAAACGGGCCAGUUUUAGGUGACCGAGAAAAUCUUCCUGUAAUAUAGAGAAAAAAUUGAGUUGGUCCAAAUAAAUGUGAUAUUUCUUCAUGGGAUAGGAUAGUUAUCUUCCACUGAAAAAAUCAGGGCAAUCCGUGAUAGACCGAAAUUUGCCUUAUCGGUUCUUACGCGGACAGCCUCUUAAAUGGAGUAGGUAUUUUUAUGUAUUUUUUCUGGCUUUAAAGAGAAAAGUUAGGUUUGCUUUCGACAAUCCAGGUAAAUCUCAGUUGCUUGUUUUAUGAAAGCGUAAAACAUGCAAGCAGUUGUGGAAUCGGUUAUUUAAAAACUUAAGCAAACUUGGUCUAUUUGUCUAACAUUUGGUUUUAACUCAGGUCUUUUAAGUCCUGACCUUUAAUAAUAAUAAUAAUGAUAAUAAUAAUAAUAAUAAUAAUAAUAAUAAUAAUAAUAAUAAUAAUAAUAAUAAUAAUGUUACGAAAAAUUGUAUUGCGUGACUAGCAUGACUUUCUAGAAGCUUCGCGAGAGUUUAAAGUUUGUUUAUUUUUGGAUCUUGUGUAAGCGUUUCUAAAGCGGUAUAGUUUGUAAUCUUUCUAUAAUUAGACUAUUUAGAAAGUUCUAGAACCUUAUUGUAAAAGCAUAUAAGUAGGCGAGUCCAAGCGAAUUUUUAACUAGUUUUCACAAGCGAAGAGAGUUUGACGUUAGUCGUGUUUAGUGAAGUGUGACGAAGCAGUGUUUAUUCAAGUUGGCGGAGGCCGUGUGAGUUCAUCAAGUUAAUUGAAGUUUGCGGAGGCCUUGUCAGUUUAUCGAGUUACGUGCUGUUGUGGAGUUUUACUUCGUGGAAACUAAGUUCAUUUUUGGAAUAAAUCUCCUGGUUGCUGUUCCGACAACACUGCGUUCAGUUUGGUUUGCAAGCUACCUGUCUAAAAGAUUGCCAGCGUAACAAAUAAUAAUAAUAAUAAUAAUAAUAAUAAUAAUAAUAAUAAUAUAUAUAUAUUUUUUUUAAAUACAAAACUUUAUUCAUAGAUUAAAAAAAAAUAGACUAUUUACAGAUUCAAGAAUAUGAAAUAUUAAAAUAUAUACCCUAUGUACAUUCUUCUUGUGUACGAAAAAGAAUUGUCGUAAAAUGACUAUCUAAAGACUACUAAUAACAAUUAUAAAAAGCAUAAAAAAGUUAAUAAAAAUAAUAAUAAUAAUAAUAAUAAUAAUAAUAAAACAAAACUUUAUUCAUAGAUUUAAAAAAAAUAGACUAUUUACAGAUUCAAGAAUAUGAAAUAUUAAAAUAUAUACCCUAUGUACAUUCUUCUUGUGUACGAAAGAGAAUUGUCGUAAAAUGACUAUCUAAAGACUACUAAUAACAAUUAUAAAAAGCAUCAAAAAGUUAAUAAAAAAAAUAAAAACUAUUUAAAAAUAAUAAUAAUAAUAAUAAUAAUAAUAAUAAUAAUAAUAGUGAUAAUCUCUAGUGUCGAGCAAGUUGGCAGUAAUACACAAGCAGCACAAGCAAGUCUCAAAAUGUGGGGAUAGGAAGACUUAAGAUUCACAGUUUAUCGCUUUAAACGCAAGAAACGCCAAACAAUAGAGCACGACAAGAAGAACUACUCGUUAAGCGAUUGAGGCCACACCGACGUCAUACACGUAAAUAGAAUAGAAUAACACCCACGAUUGAAGCCACCACUGCCAAUAAAAUCAGAAACAAACAAUUCUCUAGGGGCAAGCAAGUUUGCAGAGAGACGCAAGCAGCACAAGCAAGCCCCAAAAUGUGGGGUUGGAAAGACAAUGAGAUUUACAGUUUUCCGCGUCAAACACAAAAACGCCAAACAAUUGCUCACGGAAAAGAACUGCUUAUCAAUCAAUCAACUGACGACAUACCCACGUCAUAUACUUAAUAGAAUUUCGCGCAAGAGUAAAGACAUCACCGCCAAAACAAUCAGAGAAAAACAGUUCUCUAGUGGCAAAAAACAUCAUAAGUAGCACAAGUUAGCCGCUGGAUCGGUACCCAACCAUACACAUGUAAGUACCAUCCUUAAUUUCCAUUGUGAAACCGCAAGGGAGGUUCCGUUACAGAGGAUGGGAAGCAUGCUGAACCUAGACACCUCCUGGCAAAAGAGCGCGUGUAAAUUAUAAAUAUAUAUCUGUCUGGAUUUAUAAAAAGGUACCUACAAAAAUCUCACGUGUGUUUUGAUAAUUUGACCCUUGAGGUGAAUAAAAAGCAGUUGAAAGUCGCUAUAGUUAGGGCUUAAAACAGACAAAUUAAUGACUGGCAACACACGAAAAGUUGCUCUUGGCAAAAGCGACAGAUUUGUAACGAAAUGAAUAACAUUUAAAAGCACAGAAAUAAUGACGUUUCGGUCUCUCAAACUAUGAUGCUCAUAGCGAGAUGCCCGACUAAAGCAGACCUAGAAUCCACCUUUCUUGAGCCCACAAUCGGUUGUCUAAGACAAAAUCACUUCAGCUAAACACCAAAAAGCGUUUUUAUGCUUGUACACAAUAUUCUUAUAACACGAGCGCCACGACAUACUUGAAAUCUGUCUGUCAACAACUUCAAGAAAUCACACAAUUAACCACGUUCGCGGCACUAAUAAAACUAUCCACAACCAACAUGGUACAAUGUUUCCACAUUUAAUACGAAAUAUCAUCAAAAUUACUCUCUCUCAAUAACUCUCGCUUUUUCCACAUAAAUCGUCACAUGUAAACUUUGCUGACACAGUCGAUUUAUUCAAGAUCCCGGAUGUAGACGAGCCGUUUUAAAAGGGACACAUAGAGGCCGGCCUUCAAAACAAUUUUUGACUAAGGGCGCUUUCCAUUUGUCAAAACUGACCGGCGAGACCAUUCCCGUCGCAAUGAAAUUUCCCUCUUAAUCAAAACUCUCCAGCCAGGAUCAGUCAAAUCCUGAAUAGUAUGCACCAAGGAGAUGGUUUUCAGUGUUUCACCCUUUUAGCCAAAAUGAGACGAAAACGGUAACAUUUUGGACGACAGCAAACUUUGCCAAUUUGACUGAGUCUUGUAGUGGAUAAUUUUUUUUUUCGGUUACUUUUUAUUUAUUUAAUCGGUACCGGAUAGGCUACAGUAGAUAGACUUUGAUGAGUUUCUCACUGGCUAUUUACCAACCACCCCCCCAAAAAAAAGUUUUUCAUAACUUCCCAUAAUUCUCUCUGUAUGUCACUUUAAAAUCAGCGCGCGUAUUAGACUGAACUCGGCUAUCAUAGUGGGUUGUCUUAGGGUUUUUUGACUGCCUUGAGCAAAGGUUUCCUGAUAGCAUCAUUAAGCCUUAUGAAGGAACAAUUCUCACGUCUGGCAAAGUCUGCUGCGUCCAAUAUCUUCUCGUAUUUCGUCUAAUUUCGGGCUACACGGGUGAAAGACUGAUCCCGGGCUUGAGACGGAAAGAUCGCUUCUCAUUUCUGUUUCCGGUAGUUGGCCCCAGCGCAAAGGACUUUUAUCCCCUGCAGCGCGCCAAAUUUACAGGAGGAAUUUUUCUCCUCUACGUUUUAUCCAAUCACGAACAGUUUUACUGAUGGGCCGUCAAUCAAACCCGAUCACGCCACAUGAAACGUGACUUGAACUGUUUUGAUCCAAUUCAAUUGAACUGUGUAUUUUUGCGGGCUGUAUUUCGAUUUCGUUUUAUCGACUGUAUUCAAUAAAAAGCUUUAGUGGGCGUUUUAUCUUCCUCCAUUUGCGUACUUCACCAAGGUCGGAUUUUCCCGGCAGCCACGGAGAGAAAAAACACUACCGACUUGUUUUGUUUUGAGCGCGCGCACUUCAAAGUUUUUAUUUUUUUAUGUUUCCUUUCAUGGCGUAUACCCUGCAACGAGCCCGAAACGUCUAGAGACUGAACUCACAAAUAUCACAAGACGGCACUUUUGUUCAUUACCGUUUUUCGUAUUGAACAUUCUUUUAUUUACUUUAUUUUCUUUCUCUUAUCGAACUUUUUGUCCGUUAUUUGUUUGUUUUGACAUACUUUGACAGCUCGCGACGACACACGCACGCGACAACACACGCGACAGGGAAGCAAAUAGUUUGCGCCAAAAUGACGUCACUUGAUGCGAUUUUUUGCAGGGAAAACAAGUCGAGCUCUUGCUCUCUCGCUCGCUUUUGCCGCAGAAAACAUAAAAAAUCUGCCGCUCACGCUUCGCGCUCGUGAAAAACUUUUGAGCUCGACUUGUAGGCAAGUCUACGAACAACCCAGACUCUAGUAAUAAAUUAAGCAUGUUCGUUAUGAUCGGUAAAAGUACGUCAAUACAAUCCACCACUAGGGAUGUCGGCAGAGGGUCCAAAGUGCAACUUUUCUUUGCACUGCUGCUGAUAAGUUUGCGAGCCUCCUCAGAAAGGAGGCUGAAUUUGCUGAGCGGGGGAGGUGCUACUGGAGUGCGGUCAUCAAAAAGCGAUGGUAGUCCCUGUGCCAUGUUAUCGUGCUCGGAACGAAUGAUUUCGAUUUUCUGAACAAAGAAAGUUCCCGUUUGAUUCGCCAGUUCAACGUCAUCAUCCACAGGAGAGUACAAUUAAAGCCCUGUUGUCUCCCUGGCUGAGGAGCAUCUUCGCUGCUGAAAAGAGACUGCACUGAUUGCUGCAAUUAUCCUCAAUGAAGUCAUGAUAGAAUUGCACCGAGCUUUAUUCAUUAAAGCAUAAGCAUUGUUCUUUUUUGCUUCAUACGCCAGCAUAUCUUUCAUGGAGCCGGUGCGACGGCUCUUCCUCUCGGCCUUUCGCUUCUCCUACCUUGCAUGCAAGCCUUGAUUUCCUCGUUGAACCAGUGGCCUAGAGCGAAUAACUUUCGUACGCAAUUGUACAUGCCGGUCAAAAGCUUGAGCCAAAGCUGUUAACAAGUUUAUCAAGCGUGUCCGGUGUGCUUUGACAGAGCUCUGAAGACCUUAAUUCAUCCUGGAGCUUAUCCUUGAAUGUCUUUGAUUUUCCUAUAAGACAUUUGCUUUUAUUUCGGGGGUGGUUUUUCCAGCUUAAGGUCGCAUAAAACAAUAAUAUGAACAGAGAACAGGUAAUCAGCUAUAGGCUUUGCACAAAGCAAAGAAUCUGAGAGUAGCGUGAUAAUGAGAUCUAAUGUAGCCAGACUAGACCCGUAUUUAACAAUCCAUUCACCAAACUGAACGAGCUACGUUCACCACAGUCCCCUUUUCGGGCAUCAACUGUUUCAUUCAGUAACAAUGUAAUUCCCCCACCUUUCCUUCCAACUCGCUGAUGUUCAAACAAUUUGUACCCCGGUAGCGUAAUGUGCGCUUUGUCGGCCACAUAUCUUUCGGACAACCACGAUUCAGUGAUAACGAAAAUAUCAGCAGAGGUUGAAGAUUCAUAGCAGAUGAAAUUCGCCGAUUUGUUUUUAAUAUACAUAUGGUGUUCAGGCAACAGAGUCCUAGAUACCCCUGGCACAUCGGUUUUGAUUCGGAUAAAUGCCUUUAAACGAAGAAUGAUGAAUGAAAAUGGGAUUGUUCGUGCUAACAUCAUUUUGCUUCGUUCGUUGUCCUCCGAAGGUGUCACUUUGAGUACAUAAUGAAGCUGGUCGAUUUUGACUUGAAUCAACAAUUGAAAUAGUAUGUCUCAUACAUACAUAUAUAUUUAUUAAUCCUUAAGUGAAAAACACCAUAGAGGAUGUUAAAAGGUCAAACGGCACAGACAGGAGUACAUUUAAAUGCUACAAAGUUUAGGGAGAUAACAAAAUGCACUCACGCCAUCUUGGAGCACCGCUGACCUCCUUAACAGCCGUUCACGUACUUGUUUACCAGCUCUACAGCGUCUAUAACUUUAUGGAGGUUUAAAAAAGAAUCCCGAAAGUGAACGAUUCGCACUAAAAGUAUUCAGAGCAGUUAGUACACUGUUUUCCAGGCAAGGGAAUCCAAGAGUGAUAGCCGGAAAAUCGUCAAAAUUUCUGCCAAUAAAUGUCCCGAAAGAUGCCAUCUUUCGUCUAUAGCUGAGCUUAAUGUUCAGUCUUUGAACUAAGUUGAAAAACGUGGUUAAAAGUAAGAAUUGGGCGUGGAGAGAAGAGGAAAACAGCAGCUAAUAUAUCUGGGGCAGCCAGGUCAGGCGCAUACGUUAAAAAAAAAAAAAAAACCAAGGGCGAGGAGAGAAGUUUGUCGACCUCUACACGUUGGAAACGGCCUUGCAAAUAACUAGAAAACCAGAAAAGAGUCCUGUCACAAAUGCCAUAUCUGUGUAGCUUGUUUAGAAGGAUACGGUGGUCCAUAGUAUCGAAAGCCUUCUUGAAGUCAAUGAAGACCGUCUCAGUGAGAACACCGUUAUCCACUCGUCCACAAAAAAAGGUUACGGCUGUUUCAGUGGAGAAAUUCUUCCGGAAGCCAGAUUGAUAGGGCGAAAGAAGAUUGUCAGCGUUUAUAUAGCUAAACAAUUGAUGAUAUACGACUUUCUCAGAGAUUUUUUAAAUCAUUGGGAGAAUAGAGAUGGGACGAUAAUUAUCCAUUUCUUCUCUGUUACCGGGCUUGAAUAAAGGAACAACUCUUGAGGUCUUCCAAUCGUCCGGCACCACUCCAGAUGAAAAGGAAAGGUUAAAUUAUGUGAGUCAAGAACUCCGAAACAACCGGCCUCCGUCCUUAAGCAAGCGUGCAAAAAAUUUUCUACCCCAGUAACUUUGUUCCUUUUUAACAUUCUUAAACAACAUUAGGUCUUACUAGACUAAGCUCGAAGGUUCCGUUUGUAAAAGGAGCUUCAGUAUUUUGCAAAGGUGACUGCUGUCGUUGGCAGGAAAAAGACGAUCUUUGACAUAAUUUGUCACUGAUGGUCUUGACAAUUGAGGCCAAGAAGUGAUUAAAACCUUCAGCUAUGGCAUUUUUGUCGGUCUUGAGAUGGCCAUCGACUUUGAUGCAAGACAUAGAUUGUUUUAAUUUCUAGUCGUUAGGAAGUACUGUUUUCACAACUCUCCAGGAAGAUUUUGAGUUAUCAAUGUUUUCGUGAAUAAGUUUCCGGUUGUAAUUGGCUUUCGCGGGCUGCACUUUGUUGUUCACGGCGUUUCUUAAUCUCCAGUAGGCAAUCCAAUCCAUUUCUUUUUUUGUCCGUCUCACCUUCUUUAGGAAACAAUCUCUUUGCUGCAUUAAUUUCUUAAUAUGUGUAAACCAUAGGUAGUUAACACCCCUGACUUUCUUUUCGAUCAAAGGGGCGUGUUGAUCACACAGAAUUUUAAAGUUGACAUAAAAAAAACAUCCAAGGCAUUGUUUACGUUGGAGACGUUUCUGACUGGGUCCCAGUUGAUUUGACUCAAGCUUUUACAAAAUUCGUCAGGUGAAUAAUUUCUAUAGUCUCUGCAUCAAUUAUUUUGGGUGCAUAUUUCAAAGUGUUUAUUUUCCUAACAUACGAAACAAGAUCAUGGUCACUUAAAAUAAAGGGGACGACUGCCUGCUUGACUAUAUUGCUCGAAUUGUUUGUCACUAUCAAGUCAAUAAUUGUAGCACUAAGUUUUCAAUCAUUUGUAUGAAAUCAUCAAGGUGGAAAAUGCCUUUAGGUCUUCAAAUCUGCUUCUCGCGUCGGUGCUUUAAGAUCGUAACUGAACGCUCUUAAGAGCGGCGUUAAGUCUCGCUUGCUUAGAGAGUAGAUAAGAAAUGAGGAGGCGAUUGAUUCUACACGAAACAGGAUUUACUCGCUAAAGAUUUUUCACUUCCUACUUUAUCGACGGUCGAGUAUUCUGGUGGAUAUUUACUUUUUAUAUCAUAUUCGAUGAUUUGUUUCUGAAUUGAUUUAGUAUUCGUGCGUGUUAGCGACGACCGGAAAUACGUCUGUGGUCGCAGGCUAUACGCGUGUAUAAAUACACGAAAAUUCAAGGGCUUCGAUUCGAGAGAAAUUACAUCAGUGCCAGAGAUAAAAAAAAAAUUGUGAACACGGCGCGUCAUUUCAAUCAUCGCCGAAAAUAAACCGCAUGCUCAACACUCAAGACUUAUUUGCAUACAAUAAAAGUUUACAACACCCGACCAGUUAACCUCACCAUCGACGAUUUUCUAAUUAAGAUUAUUCUUUUUUAAUUUUUUCGACCACUGAAGUGUUCACUUGUUCCAAAGAAAUCAACGCUUUCAAGCGACAGAAUUCGAGGACCGACCCGUUCCUGAAAAGUUCUAAAUCGCAUUUAUCUUUCCUAAGCUAUGUGUGGCCUCGGUCAAGCAACGGUUCUUAUUCUCAGUUUCCACGGUCUCCGCUAAGAACGCCUGGGACCAUGGUUCCCAGUUUGUGUACUAAAUACGAAGAAAAAAAACGGCUUGCAGAUUAUAAGUCUCCGGCGUUGCUACGCGAGCGAGACUAAUUAAAAUCACCAGUCAGCAACGUUGUCUUUAUCCUCUCCCGACACUCUUUCCAAGCCCAGUUUAAAGAUUUCCAAAAACUGAGAAUCAUCCUUUUUGACUUUGGAAGCGUUGACUCCAGCCAAAGGUUCUCUAGUGCAGUAUCCUCUAAAUCGCAUCUUCGCACAGCCGGUAUUUUCUUGGAGAUAUAAAUUGCAACGCCACCACCUUUACGACCUGAGGAGCGAUCGCGCCUCGAACCAAAUAAAGCCGGGGAUUGCAACUUCAUCUGAGUUGGCAGUCGCUCGUUAAGCCAAGUUUCAAUCAUUGAGGGACAAGAUCCCGAUAUAUCGACAUUGCUGCAAGAAUAACCUCAAUUCAUCAAUUAUCCUGGGCAAACUCCUUAUGUUUAACUGAGCUUUUUUCAAUCCUCUGGUUUUCAAAACAUCAGUUAGGGCAUUUGGCAGCUGAACUUUCGAUAAGGUAAAUUCCACGUUGCUAUUUAUUUCAGAACCAGAACCAAGGCUACACAGACAGCACAGCUUAGUUUUCAACAUCCAAACAUUUCAAGUGAUAGUGCGAUUUGCUGUAAACGACAUAAUUCACGGCCUUGGCUUCUCCUUAAAGCUUUUGAACAUCGAGGACAGGUCAGUUUAACAUUCGGGCCCAGAUAAAAGCAGACCUGCGAGUAACACAUCGGUAAGCUUGACAACACGAAGCGAUGCAGCGGAAGAAAGCUUAGCAGGCUAGAAGAAAAGAAAUGAAGCUCACUGCCAACGCUGAACUCGGUACCAUCAUCUAAUCGUAGGGCAAAAGAAGGAUUUAGUAGAUCGCCAAGAACCAGAUAAAACGCCAAGAUGAGUGCGGUACAGUUACGUUACGUUUUAAUAAUAAUUUCUUGCUUAGUAAAGGUUUAUAAUUUUCUCGCGCGCACAGCGCAGGGAUUGCGCGUCGAUCAUAGCGGCCCGCAAACUCAAGUAGCCCAUUCGAUAACCGUGUCCGUAACGACGUCAUCAAAACAAAAAAAACUUGGUCGGCGUUGUUUGCGGCCGGCCGUUUUGGCGAUCAAGAGAUGCUUUUAACGGGUAAAGUACUUUUAAAGAAUACUGAAGCAAUUAUAUUUGGACCAGCAGUUUCAAAAUAAGAACGAAAAUCGAGAUAAAAGAACAUUUGUCAGUGCGUCUCACUGACGAGUUUGCUUAGAUCACGAUUUCUGCUCGGCUCGCCGCGGCUUUUCCUCAAAAUUGUACCUUUUCUGUGGGAAUCUACCUUUGAAUUCAUGGCAGUCUUGGCGCCUGGUGCCGUGUAAUAUGGGCGUACUUGCAGAUGUUCAUAGCAAGUCUCCCUUCUGCAUUUUGAAUACGUUGCAAUUUGACUUAGGUAAGCCAUACAAAACACUGACUCUAAGCCACUAGGAACUAGGGAUACCUUCCGGCAAGUGCCAACGAGGAGAAUUCGUUUAUCUUUUGUGGAAUGUGCCUAUUCAGAUCUUGGCGAUAAUUUUUUUUCAUAAUUUUAGAGGUUUAAAAUGGAUUCCGCUAUAGAAAAGGAUGGCACCCAACUUCAAAACAACAACUUUCGUUAAUUCUAGGCUUUCACUUUUAUUAAUCAAUAACAACAUAGCUUGAAGCUUUGUUGGUAAAUAUGAGCAAGUUAGCACUUAUGUUUCACGAAAAAUUCCAUUGUAUCAAAACUAUAAACGUAAGAAAGAAAAAUAUAGUUCAAAUGAGGCCUUUGACUGCUGAAAUUAUAGAUAAUAAUUAAAUUCCGAGCAACAGCGUCAUCAGGGAUAAGAAAAAUAUUUCGCGCAGUAAUAUACACAAAAAAAAAUUGGUGUAAAGUAAAAUGUGUGAAAAGCGCAAGAAUGUGGCGGAAUGUAUCUCAGGUAUAAAAAUAUAAACUUGCUUAAAAUACAAAGAUCUAAUGAGCGAAUGUCACAGGACAAAGAUUCUCUUGAAAGGCAUAAUGAUAGUCUUCAAAACAAAAGGUCAGCAAGUUCGUUGUAUUCCUCACGGGAGUUUUGGGCGGUCUCAAUGUAAAUCGAGCAGCAAAAAAACAUGCUGGUUGACAAAAUCUAAAGAGUGACAUGAAUAAAUUCUAAAAAAAGGUCCGUAAAUUCGUUGCAUUCCUCACGGGAGGUGAGGACUGGCUCAGUGCAAAUCGACCGGCGAAGAACACGCUGGUUCUGAUAUAAGUUUUGAGAAUAUAACCCUAUGCCUUGAUCAAGUACCGCUUAAAAUUCAAUUCACAAAGAAAAAGAGAACACGGAAAACCCUGGUUCUGAGUCAAGAAGCGAACACGCUACCUCAUUGUAAAUGGAGCUGCAAAGAACAAGCUGGUUCUGACAAAAAUUUGAGCGUAAAACCCUAUUCCUUGAUCAGCUGCUGCUUUAAACGCAAUUUAUAAAGCAAACCAGAGCACUAAUUGUCCUUUCAAACGAGAAAUCGUAUUAAAGCUUGCUCACCUGCUAGGGCCUCUUGAACAGACAACGAACAGCUGCACACUGAAUCACCCACUUUCGGACCACGCGUUGUAAAUACAAGACCAUGACGUCACUACCCAAAUAUGGGGUCUUACUUACUCCCAAAUAUGGUCAAAAAUGCAAAUUUUAGAGGGUUACACAAAAUUUGAGAGGUUUUGCCUACAUCGUGCCGGAUUACAAAUCUGCCUCCGAGGCAACCUCGCUUCUUAGCUCGGUUGCCUCGUUGGCAAUAAAUGCAUGGAUAAGUUUGAAAUAAUAUAUCAAGCAUGAGAUGCAUUGUAACAUCACCAGAUGAAACACCGAGAAGAGAGUUAAAAAUACAACGGGCAGCGGAGUAUUUUUGACGAAAUUCGAGGUGUUUCAUCUAAUGAUGAAACACUGUGUCAAAUGCUUGAUAUUACUUCUCAAACAAAAUGAUUCUAGAAGGGGGAAAUUAAGGAUACAAAAAUGAGCAGUUUUUCAUGUGAUUUCCAAACACUCAUUAACAUAAAUAUUAAUUUCCUUAGUUUGUAUUUUCGUUAUGAAUUGUUAAUGAGUUUGAGAAUAAAUAAUCGCGAGAUAACUACUUCCUAAUGCACCUAAUAUAUUAUUUUAAAAAAUUUAGUAACAUAUUAUAAAAUAAUUUAAAAAAAUAAUAAAAGCAUUUAUAUAGCGCCAUGUAAAUUAGCACAUGGCGCUUUACAAAGAAAUAUUAUAAAUAGAAAUAAUGUUAAGAAAAUUUACAUUCCUUGAUCAAAAACAAAAAUAUGGAAAAAUACUUAACUAAAAUCUGUUUAAACUAACUACUAAUAUUUACAUCAUAUAUAUUAUUAAAGUACUUUACAUUAAAAGCUCGCGAAAUAAGUAAGUCUUUAUAGCGGUCGUAACAUUUGCAAGAUCAUCACGUUGGCGGGCAGGUUCUGGCAAUAAAUUCCAUAGUUUAGGUACGGCAAAUGAAAACGACCGACAGCCAUAACUCUUCAAGUUAGCUGAUGGUAGUUUCAGGAGUUUCUUGGAAGCAGAUCUCAAGCUUCUUGAUGGUCGGUAGAAUUGCAACAUUUCUGUUAUGUAGGAAAGUGCGAACCCAUGUAAAGCUUUGAAGGUUAACAAAAGUAUCUUGUAUUUGAUACGGCUAUAAACGGGAAGCCAGUCUAAUUGCUGUUGAGCAGGUGUGAUAUGAUCAUGUUUUCUAGAGCUAGUUAUAAGGCGAGCGGCACAGUUUUGGACAGCUUGUACACGGUCGAUCAGAAAUUGAGGAACGCCAUAGAGUAAUGAAUUACAGUUGUCUGUUGCUCGACUGCAGUGGGCCUGAAAGCAAAGUAGAUAUGGGUGUCAUAGGUGAAACUCGAGUCCAUGGUGUCUUAAAAUAUUAAUGUCACCCAGAGACUAGAUUGACAGCGAGUACAAAAUAGGACGAAGGGCCGGUCCUUGUGGAACACCACAUUGAGGGUCUUUCACAUCAGACUUACACCAUCAAUCAUCACGAACUGCUUCACAUACUUAACUGACUAUCAAACCACACCGAGAUUUUUUUCUGUCGGUCUAGUGCAGUAUGCGGUCGAUUCUUUGGAGAAAUUUUGUAAUUUAACAUUUAAUUGCUUGAUCUGUAUGUUUCUUCUCAUUAUCAUAGGGAGAACGGUAUGGUUGCGAAAGCAUUUUCUCCUCACACUUUCUUGAGCUUUCAAGCCGAUAUCAAGAUCACGAGCUUUUAAAAGAUGGAGAGAGUCAUUGUAUUAACGUAAACUUAUUUCAAGCCUACGGCUCAAGCGUAGCCGAGAGAUUUGCGGAAAUUAUCUAGCACAAAUUGAUCAAAGCCCCUUGAUGAAUAAGAAGUAGAACAGUUAGAAUGUUCAUCGUAACAAUAUAAAUUACUGAAAGAAACAUUUUCUUGUUUUAGAUGGCUUUACAAACUUCUAUCAAGGAUUUUCUUUCAAGCAAAAGUGCAUGUUGUAAGUGCUUCAAGGAGCCGUGAGGAGGUCGAGAAGAGACUGGACAAGAUUCUUAGUCACUUAGAAAAAAUUGAAAAAAAUCGAGAGAAAGUGAUGAAAGGUCUCAGAAAAGUGUUGAACAAAAACGUUGACGGUAUUGUGGAGCGACUCGUGGAACAUCUCUCGUCAAAAGAUGUAAAGGAGCGCUUUUCAUCAUGGUCCCUGGAAGAAGUCCCGGCUAGGAAAGGGUCCUGGACCGAAGUUGAAGAGAACGUUAACACCUUGCUGUUCAGACGGGUUCAAGAAUUUGUCUAUCAGUGGGAGGACAAAACCAAGGCGUUUGAAAAUGCUCAUCUUUCCCUGACGCAAAGGUUUCAAAAUUGUUAUGAUGAUGUUGAAUUGCAGCUACAGGAUCUUCAAAGCGAUGCUAUCGAUGUUGACUUCGACAAGCAAAGAUUUCUGACAUUUCGAAUUUCACGAUUUCAAAAACUUGGGUGGAUCGUGAAAGGUUUUUUCUACGGUUCACCCACCUUGGGGGUCCGGUUAAAUUUUGAUUUAAAGAGCGCCUGCAAACAAUCGCGAGCACAUGAUUCGAAGAAGUGGACUGGUUUGGCUGUUCAAGCCUUAUACAAAGAUUUAUUGUCAUCUGUUUCCGUAGGCAUUCUUGCAAGAUUUAUAAAUAAAAAUCAGCUUAAAUCGUUUGUUAAUGACAAAUUGAAGGACACUCAGCUUUGUCUUGAUAGAAUUGAAGCUCGUCUUUCAGAGAAGAUCAAGGCGGACAGGGACCUGUAUGAGCAAUGUAAAAAGGAGAAACCUGUCGGUGAACGAUCUGCCUACCAGUCGCUGCUCCAUGAGGUGGAACAACAAAGGCACCAGCUGGCACUGUUUGGCCUAACCGAAGUUUGUGCGGUAAGAAUCGAUCGCGAGAAAUUGAACUGGAAAGAGGAAAAGUCUUUCUUCCUUGGCAGUGGGACAUUUGGUAACGUUUACAAAGGAACGAUGAAAAUCGGCGACGGAAAGAUAACAACUGUGGCAUUGAAGGUGUGGAAAGAGGCGCUUGAUGUCGAUAAUGCAAUCGAAAUCAUGGAGGAGAUGAAAAACUUGAGGUAUGAAGCGAAUUUCCAGCGUUAAUUGGGUAUCAUGAAAAGGCAUGGCAAAAUGUCGAUAGAAUGUGAGACAGUCUUCAUUAACGCCUAAACACAAUUUUGACGAUAAUGAGACCAUCACAUUAAUUGAACAAAUUAGAAAGGAUCGUUUAGAAAUCGAACAGAAAAGAGAAAUUCUCCAACACAGGGAGAUAUUAUGGUAGAAGACACUAAAUUCUGUAAGGCCAAAUGGACUGAACAAUGGAUUUAUGUAUAUGUAAUUAUAUAUGUAAUGCAAUUGGCAGAUAGUUCCAGGCUUCAGAGGUUAUACAUCGCUUUAUGGCAAUAAAGCGAUGUAUAACCUCUAUAGCCUAUAGCCUAAUUGCUCCUGAAAAGUUGAGCACUCUAGAAAAAUUAUUCUAACCAGUUCAGAAAAUAUAUAAUCUAGGUUGUCUGGUGUCAACGUGAGAUCCGACUUGGCAUUUUUAUUCUUAUUUAGUUUGGCACCGCACGGCAUGUGCGGCACUCCUCAGAUAAAAUUGCCAACAAAAAGUUCGUUACAACAUACGCUAAGACUACAAACGCGAGCGCAGAAUUUGAAUAAAAAACUAUUGCGUGACAACGGAAGGUAUGAAGCUGCUAAGAAGAAAUUUGCUCUCGUGCCUGCAGGAAGUUACAAGCUCAUUUCGCUUGUUCAAGCUCGCCAGAUCGGGUCUGUAGAUGAUAAAAUAUUUUUUCCCACAGGCACAAAUUACAGCGAUUUGAAGUUGAAUUAAAAGGGGCGACAUGGUUUAGAGUAAGAUCUUCCAAGUUACAUUAAAUUCAAUCUUAGCGUCUUUCAAAUGCCAGAUGUGUUUGCUGAGUUCUGCACUGAGUCGCUUGUUUGGGUCUCUGAAAGAAGACUUGUGGUUCGCGUAUCUGGUCUUAAAAGAGUUCUCAGCAAGGUCUACAUAGAUCUCAGCUGGCCUUUUCUCCUCCGUUGUCACUGGGGCUUGGUAGAUCACAGCUGAUUUUAAGCAGUUACAGUUCAAAGGGCAAUGAGCUGGUUGACGGCAGUUGCAAAUUUUAGGUGUAUAUGUAUAGGCAUAUGUACCAGAAGUACAAUGUUUCAUCAACUGAAGAUUUGAUUAGGCAUUUUAUCACUAUAUAGUUUGGUACUACACGAUGGUGUAGCAAUCUUCAGAUAAAAUAGUCUAAUGGUAGAUUACAACAGUACACUGAUUAUAACUGAAAUUUAAAAUGCGGUUACUACGGAUACAACGCUGUUUCUAUGGGUUCUAUUAUGUAACAGAAGAGGACUUGAAAUUUUACGGGUACAUGCAUAUGUUCAUGUACAUGUACAUGUACAUGUAUAUGUAUAUGUAUAUGUAGAUGUAUAUGUAGAUGUACUUGUAUAUUUAACAAUUAUUCCACGCGGGCGCGUUGGAUAUGAGAUGAUAGAUAGCCAACGAGGCGCGUAGCGCCGAGUUGGCUAUAAUCAUCACAUAUCCAACAAGCUCGAGUAGAAUAAUUGUUUUAUUAAAAACGCCCACAAAAUCUCAUUGAAUCUCCCCGACUAGAAGAACUCGGAAAAGACAAGGGACUUCCGCUAUUCACAUGUCACACGUCUAUCAAAACUGUCAACGCGCGAACGGACUCGCCUGGACUGCAUGAAUCAAAAAUCAAAACAUUGUAGCGAUAAACAGUAGUUUUUUAAAAACUCAUUGGGAUUCUAGGAUUUUACACAGCAGAACAGCUAAAAAAACCUGGCAGAUAAUGUGAAGGAAAAGAAUUUUUAAGUGACAGCCGUCGAAAUUACUGUGAAUUUGGAUUUUCGGUGCAGUUAUAAAAGUAACAACAACGGAGAAAAACUAUUACCUCGGUCGCUUGUCAUGAAGUUGUUUGAAGCCACAAGCUGGUUUUGCUGAACGAGAAAAGAAGCUAUACUGCCGCCUCGAUUGCUCUAGUGAAUGGCUGCAUAGCCUGUAUUUGUAGCUGGUUACUUGUGAUUUAUAUUCUUGAUGUCGGAUAAAUAAGCCGCAGUUAUCUAUCGGCGAGUGACUCGAUCGGCGAAUGGCUUCGCGAUCAUGAAGAAACAACACUUGUCUUCUUUCGUAGCUGGUCAAGGUACUUUAGUUCCAUGUGUUUUCAUGUGUUUUUCGACAAACUUUCAAACAAGGUCUUGUGGCUUUUUUGUUUGUUUUUGUCUUUUUUCUUUCGAUGAAAUUGCAUUUCUAGUAUUCUAAGAAAUGAAUUAAGACGAUUUGCUUCGGGGGCCGUUCUAUCCUUCGCGAAAAAAAAUCUCAGCUAGCUUCCAAUUUUAAACUGACGCGUACACCGACCAUAUAAGGAGAGCAUGGUAUAAUAGCUCAUAUACCAUAACGGCUAAGCCAAUCAAAAUGCUAGAAUUGCAUUAUCCAAUGAUUCAGUUUUUAAUAAGAGCAUUUAUACCAUGCCAUAGAAAAUACAGCCAUUCAGAAUACAGGAAAGUUGUUGUAUAUUCGACGGUAUUACACCCAAUCUUCCCAUCGUGCGUUGCGAUCUUAUUCCCGCCGAAAGUUUUUGUAAGCGGCGACAUUUCAAGUUUAUUUCAAGCCGCCUAGUUAAGGUUUUUCUCUCGGUUUUAGUGUUCAUAAAACUCAGUCCAAAUUUUGCAACUCUUUCACGACGUUAACUUUCUGACUUGCAUUCUUUGCAUUUUUUGGCUAGUUAACAUUCAUGCCCAGUUAAAACUUUAGUACCCUUAUUUUCUUUCAUGAAUUUCAAUCAUCUAAUAUUUUGGGAGAGUUUUUAAAUUUCCUGUUCUUUUGCUCCGUCUUAGAGUUUAAAACUCAGUACAAAUUUUGCACGCCUUUGACUAAAAUAAUUUAUUUGACAAUCAUUUUUUCCUAUUCUGUAUCAUGAAUUUUAAUUAAUAAGCAUUUUUUUAUGAAUAUAAAUUAAUAAACAAUUUAAGACAAUAGGAAGCCAUUCAAAGCCAUGUCUGCGCGUAUGUCGCUUUUAUUAUGCCGCCUACUGUAUUUUCUUCGCAUGGUAUAAAAUAGUUUUGCAACGCUUUCUCGUGGUAUACCAAGAAAAUACAAGUGACUCGUGGGAUAUUCCAUAGUAUACCACUCGAAAGCGUUGCAGAACUAGUAAAACUUGUUAUGUAUAUGUAUAUUAUGAAUGUAUAUGUAUGUGUAUACGUAUAUGAGUACGUGUAUGUUUACAGAGAGAGAGAGAGAGAGAGAGAGAGGGGGGGGGGGAGAGAGAGGGAGGUGUUAAACAAUGAUCGGAACUCAUGUACGAUUUGAUGUAAAAUAAUAAUAAAAAAAAUGAGUUUAACGGCAAGUUUUGUCUUCCCUGAUCAUUAGAGUGCUAAACAACCCUCACAUCGUGCAGUUUCAUGGUAUGUUACUUGACAAGGACACUUUAAAAACAGUUUUGGUCAUGGAAAAGUGUAAAGGACACUUAAAGAACCACAUCUUCAAAGAACUAGAGUCACCUCCUUCUAGAUCCAAAGAUCCUACAGUGUUCGAAGAAGCACGCCGUUGGGCAAAAGAGAUCACCGAUGGUUUGGCUUCCAUACAUGCGAUGGGAGUCGUGCACAGGGACCUCAAGUUGGAAAACAUUUUGGUACAAAACUAGAAUAAUGUAAUAAAUUAUUAUGACUGUAGUCUAAUAAAAGUUGUUGGUACGUGCACACCAGAGUGGAGCAAGAGGACUUUGCACCCUACGUUGUCCAUAAGCAAGGGCGUCCCUCUGAAUUAUUUUGAUGUUAAAUUUGAUAUCGGUUUUAGCUAGGCAUCUAAUGUCUGAGGCAUUUUAAAUAUUAAGGCCAAUAUUUUCAAUUAAAAGCCUCUAAAAUAGAAAAAGUGGCCUUAUUGAAAACAAACUGCUAAGCGACACACAAAAGAACAGUGAUCUACCAACAAAACUACUUCAAGGUUCAGGUGCACACUUAACUGCAAUGUAACAUUGGUUUAUAAAUUCUAUCGAACAUUAUAGUGGUACUCGAAAAGGGUACAGUGCACCCAGAAUUAUCGCCUGGCAAUAGUCUCUCACAGUUAACUGUUCGUCAUAUUACGUAGGAUUCUAUUGCCCAGCCCAAAAGACAACCUUGUCUCCAGGGAUCCACCAUUUUUGGUUCUGAGAGAAAUAUGGAAAUAUCUACAGUAAUUGCGCUCUUCUGAAUAUUAUUUCUUGUUCCAUUAAAGCUGACUGAAGAAAACACAGUGAAAAUUGCUGACGUUGGUCUGGCUAAAGCAGAAAUAGACAUCACCGGCACCUAUGCGGGAACACCUGUUUAUAUGGCACCGGAAGUGUUUCAUUCCCGAGUGUACGGCACCAAGGCAGAUAUCUACAGCCUGGGGCUAAUAAUGUGGGAGAUGUGGUAUGGGCAAACGGCCUUUGCUGACGCUCCAGGGACAACACCACAAGAUUUGUUUGACUGGGUUGAUAGAGGUAACCGUCCAGUUCACAGGCAGGGCUGUAAGACGCCUCCACCAUUCUGGAAGCAGCUGAUGACACAGUGUUGGGACGAGGAUCCAAAAAAACGCCCCACAGCCAAAGAAUGUCACGAAAGAAUAGUCAAGUCUGUAAGUCCUGAAAAUAGUGUUUGA